UUCGUCGACGCCAAACAAAGCAGUUUAAGCUGAGCUGUCAAAGAAAAACUGGCACAAAAACGAGUUGCGGGCGCCGCAAUGACAACGUGCACAUUUCGUCAUUUUGCCGACUGCAAAGCCAACGAGGCGGUGGUCUCUCUAAUGUGAGUGACGCAGGCUCCUUCGGCAGGUCGCCCCCCCCCACCCUCCCCCCGUGAUUCGGUGAGCGCACAUGAAACGCUCGUUUGCCCAAAUCGCCGAGCUCGGUGUCAGUGAGGAAGCGACUUCAUCGCGCCGCCGCAGCCCGUUUUGUCUGUUUUCACGGCGUGGAAAUGAAAGCCGCGCUCGUUCUGCUGCACGCCGUCUCGUCCUGCUUCGUGGUCGGCGCGACUCUUUCAAAAACGGAUGCGAAGAAGUCGCACAAAGUUGAGACGGAGACUUCACUUGCAGAGUUGUCCGUGCUGGGGAGAAGCCUGGUUGUGUCAGACCCCCAAUGGAGAGACAUAGUAAAAGAGGAAAAGAGAUACUGUGCUCAUGUUAAACGGACCUUCAAGGGACCUGUGCUUGGAUACAUCACACCUUGGAACUCGCACGGCUACGACGUGGCCAAGAUAUUUGGUUCCAAGCUCACCACAGUUUCUCCAGUGUGGCUUCAGCUUCGUCGGCGGGGAACAGAAAGCUACGACGUCACCGGACUCCACGACCACGACCCAGGGUGGGUGAAAGCUGUGCGGAAGUCUAACAAAAAAAUCAAGUUGGUCCCACGACUGUUAUUUGAUGGCUGGUCUUACCAGGACUACAUGAACGUACUAGACAGUGAAGAUGAAAUUGAGGAACUGGGAAGCGAGCUGGUGGACGUUGCAAAGACUGAAGGCUUUGACGGUUUUACUUUGGAACUGUGGAGCCAACUGGGUGGAAACAAAAGAAAGGAGCUCAUUCACUUGGUGAAACAUAUCUGCGAGACUUUGAAAGCUAAGAAGCUAGACUGUAUACUUGUCAUUCCUCCUUCAGUGACAAGUUCAGGGCAGCCCAGUAUGUUUGGCAGGGAGGAGUUUGAGCAGCUGGCUCCAGUAGUGGAUGGAUUCAGCCUCAUGACAUAUGACUACUCCUCUGCUGGAAGACCAGGACCAAGCUCCCCCUUGCCUUGGAUGAGAGACUGUGUCCUCCAAUUGUCACCCACCUCCCAGUGGAGGCAAAAGAUCUUGCUUGGACUCAACUUGUAUGGUUUAGAUUUCUCAAGUCAAGGAGCAGAGCCAAUUCUCGGGGGCAGGUACGUUGAGAUUCUGCGGGAACUGAGGCCAAAACUUCUCUGGGAUGAAUAUGCAGAAGAGCAUUACUUCAAUUACAAGAGGACCAAUGCAGUUAAGCAUGUAGUGUACUACCCAACACUGAAGUCAAUCUACCAAAGGAUUGCUUUAGCAACAGAACUUGGCACAGGACUUUCCUUGUGGGAAUUGGGACAGGGCCUGGAUUAUUUCUACGACCUUUUGUGAAAAGAGAAAUGGACUUGUUGAAAGGGUCCACUGUGGUCC